UCCCUUCUUCGUGAAACAUCCGGUUCCUCAGUGUCAUAUGACCAAGCGCUAAGCUGUCGUUUAUGUUAUUCAGCAUCAGUUAGCAAAGGACAUCGACAGCCUUUCUCAGGAUCUCUUUUUCUUUUUCCAACGAUGGCAACACUAGUGGCAAACAAGCCGAUGGACAUCAAUGGCUUGGCAGCAGCAGCAAAGAAACCCACCCAGGCUGUGACACGAAAUUAUAUCUCUCAACCCCGGCUAACUUAUUCUACUGUGUCAGGUGUAAAUGGACCCUUGGUGAUCCUGGAUAAAGUGAAGUUCCCCAGAUAUGCAGAAAUUGUCCACCUGACCUUGCCAGAUGGCACCAAGAGGAGUGGGCAGGUCCUGGAGGUGAUUGGAAGCAAGGCUGUUGUCCAGGUGUUUGAGGGAACAUCAGGCAUUGAUGCCAAAAAAACAGCCUGUGAGUUCACUGGUGAUAUCCUGCGUACCCCAGUGUCAGAGGACAUGCUAGGGCGUGUGUUUAACGGCUCAGGCAAACCCAUUGACCGGGGGCCCAAUGUUCUGGCUGAGGAGUACUUGGACAUCAUGGGUCAGCCCAUCAAUCCUCAGUGCCGUAUCUACCCUGAGGAGAUGAUCCAGACUGGCAUUUCAGCCAUUGAUGGUAUGAACAGCAUCGCCAGAGGACAGAAGAUCCCGAUUUUUUCAGCUGCUGGACUGCCCCACAAUGAGAUUGCUGCCCAGAUCUGUCGUCAAGCUGGACUGGUACAGAAGUCCAAGGAUGUGACGGACUACAGUUCUGAGAACUUUGCCAUUGUCUUCGCAGCCAUGGGUGUCAAUAUGGAAACUGCUCGUUUCUUCAAGUCUGAUUUUGAGGAGAAUGGCUCCAUGGACAACGUCUGCCUUUUCCUGAACCUGGCCAAUGACCCCACCAUCGAGCGUAUCAUCACUCCUCGUCUGGCGCUGACUACAGCAGAGUACUUGGCUUACCAGUGUGAGAAGCAUGUGCUGGUCAUCCUGACUGACAUGAGCUCCUAUGCUGAGGCCCUGAGAGAGGUUUCUGCUGCCCGAGAGGAGGUGCCUGGCCGUCGAGGCGUUGCUGUCCACGUUUAUAUUAAUUGUAGUGCAGUGUUUAAAUGCAAGAAAGAGACAAGAUUUGUUUGAUAUGUUGUGAUUAAAUAAUUACUGUGUCUAACAGACAUCACUCAUCCCAUUCCUGAUCUGACUGGAUACAUCACAGAGGGCCAGGUCUACGUUGAUAGACAGCUGCACAACAGACAGAUCUACCCACCCAUCAAUGUGCUGCCCUCACUGUCCCGUCUGAUGAAGUCCGCUAUCGGUGAGGGGAUGACCAGGAAGGACCAUGCUGAUGUCUCUAACCAGCUGUAUGCCUGUUAUGCCAUUGGUAAGGACGUGCAGGCCAUGAAGGCUGUGGUAGGAGAAGAGGCCCUCACCUCUGACGACUUGCUCUACCUUGAGUUCCUACAAAAGUUUGAGAAGAACUUCAUUGCUCAAGGCCCAUAUGACAACAGGACAGUGUAUGAAACCUUGGACAUUGGUUGGCAGCUGCUGCGAAUUUUCCCCAAGGAGAUGCUCAAGAGGAUUCCCCAGAGCACCGUGGCUGAGUUUUACCCCAGGGAGUCUGCCGCCCGUCACUGAGGCACACUAAGGGAUGCUCUGGUUCUAGCCCGCUCACUUCUCUACCCACAGUCCCUCCUCUCCCUUUAUUCCUUUGUUUCAUCUCACCCUAAACUUCCGGGGACUGUGAGACCAAUGUUGUGGAGCCUUCACAUAUCCCAAACCUCAGCUCUUCUUUCUACACUGUUGGUAUUACUAUCAGUCCACUGCUUUCCCAGCUCACUGCAGCACCACCCCUACCCCCUUAUGCCGAAUUAGAACAGAGCAAUAAUUACCCCCUCCUAUAGAUGUACUGUAGUUGUGUAUGGAAAGUGUAUGUGGUUGUAAUAUCUACCUUUUAUUUCAAAAACGUGAACAUAUCCUUAAAGUUAUAGAUCAACCCUUAUAUUUAUUGGGGUGUGUUACUGCUGGAUCUCCCUCUACUACUACUUUUUGUUAAAAUAAAUGCUAUGUUAUAUUGCUAUGAUACAUCCAUAAAUACAAGAGGUUUCCCACAGAGGAAAGACAAACCAGUGCCCUAAAACACAGUGGCCCUUCAGUCAGCACCACGUUCUGUAGGUCAAACUCAUCAAGUUUGGUUUUUACUGAGAAUGUGAGGUGUUGAUUCAACUUGAUCAUUACUUUGUAAACUAAAAGGCACACUCUGAAUGAAUAUUUACUGAACAAUACACACUUCCAUUUUCACAACCUAAAUAUCAUAAAUGGAAUUUGAAUAGGACAUGCUGUACUUUUUCAUGUUGGUGGCUUCAAGUUCAAAUCAUGUCACCAUUCAUAAUGUCCCUUGUCCAGAACAGGCAGACUUGGUGCUCAAGCAGAGUUCAGGUGUUUACUGUAUGAUUUCCACAGUACUUUGACUCCUUACCUAAUUGGGGCCCUCUUACUUCCUCUGUUUUCUGUGGAAAGAAUACAGUGGAUGAUUUGUUUUGUUGUUUGAUUUGUAUUGCAAAAGAUGACUAAGGAAAGUAUAUUGAACAUUCCCAUUUGUUCUUUGUUGCGCAACCAUAAUGAUUUUGAGUUUGUGUCCAUUAAUAAAUUAAAUUAUGUGAGAAA